AUGCAGUUCCAAGUCCCACUGUCGAUCAUCACUUUUCUCACAAUCAGUGGCCAGACACUCGGGGCCAGUCUGUUCGGUCUUUACCGCAUCCAACAAACCUUUAAUGGCGAGGACCUUGUCUUGACUGGACAAGGAAACGAUAGUGCCCCAACCUUCGAAACACCCGCCGGAGAGGGCAGUCAGAUCUGGAGAUUCGAAGACCAGGGGGAUAAUACCACGAUAAUUGAAAGUGUCGCAACCAAGCAAUACCUGAAUUGUGACUCGGGAUCUUGUCUGGAGUCUGCAACUGCUCAGACGUUCUACGUGGAAUAUCAGGGUCCUUACCAAUACACAUUCCUUGACCUUUCUCAUGGCCGAUCGCUGCACUCAACCGAUGAGAGUGGAAUUGCGCUUGCCCGCAUAAGUGCAGAAAGCGAUGAUCAGAUAUUCGAGGUUAUUCGGGUGGAGUUUUGUGAGUAG